UAUCUUCCAGCGCAUAGUCAUCUCUGUUACCAAACCCAACCCACACUUCCCAUUUUCAUUGCUACAUUCUUAACCCUCCAAUAAACCCUCUACCAACACAAAAUGCUCCUCCAAACUUCUGUGCACCACCACCACCACCACAACCUCCCUCUCUCCUCAUCCCUCUCCUACUCCACUCUCCUCCCAUGCAAAAUUCCAACUUUGCCCCUCCCCAGUUCCAUAAAUUUACAAAGACUCCCCUCCAUCUCCUGCUCCAUAUCCCAAGUCCACAACUAUGGCACUGUGGACUACGAGAGAAGACCCAUGGUCAAAUGGAACGCGAUAUAUCGGAAAAUAUCGCUCACGGAUGACCCUGAAGUGCGCUCCGCUGACGUGUUGAACCAGUGGGAGAAGGAGGGCAGGAAGCUCACCAAGUGGGAGCUUUGUAGGGUGGUCAAGGAGUUGAGGAAGUACAAGCGCUAUGACAGAGCUCUUGAGGUGUAUGAUUGGAUGAGCAACAGAGGAGAGAGGUUUAGAAUAUCCACAAGUGAUGCUGCAAUUCAACUAGAUUUAGUUGCUAAAGUUCGGGGAGUUGCUAGUGCUGAAAAUUACUUCCUGAGCCUGCCAGAUACUUUAAAAGACAGGAGAAUAUAUGGGGCUCUGCUCAAUGCCUAUGUUCGCACUAGAAUGAAAGAGAAGGCAGAAUCUUUGCUUGAUAAAAUGAGAAGUAAAGGUCAUGCGCUGCAAUCGCUUCCAUUUAAUGUAAUGAUGACUCUCUAUAUGAACCUCAAGGAGUAUGAUAAAGUUGAUUCGAUUAUUUCUGAAAUGAUGGAGAAAAACAUCCAGCUUGAUAUAUACUCCUACAAUAUCUGGUUAUCAUCUCGUGGCUCCCAAGGAUCUGAAGAACGGAUGGAACAGGUAUUUGAACAGAUGAAACUGGACAGAACCGUUAAUCCCAACUGGACGACUUUCAGCACGAUGGCUACAAUGUACAUCAAGAUGGGGCAGCUUGAAAAGGCUGAAGCUUGCCUGAAGAAGGUUGAGAGUAGAAUCACAGGUCGUGAUCGGAUACCUUAUCAUUAUCUUUUAAGUCUCUACGGUAAUGUUGGCAACAAAGAGGAGCUUUGUCGGGUAUGGAACAUAUACAAAUCAAGUUUUCCCAGUAUUCCAAAUUUGGGAUACCAUGCUAUCAUGUCUUCGCUACUCAGAGUAGAUGAUGUUGAAGGGGCAGAGAAGAUUUAUGAGGAAUGGUUGACGGUUAAGUCAACUUACGACCCUCGAAUUGCAAAUCUUUUCAUAGCUUCUUAUAUUAAAGACGGGGACUUUGAGAAAGCCCAAAGUUUCUAUGACCACAUGGUUGAUGUAGGAGGAAAACCUAAUUCGAGUACAUGGGAGACCCUUGCUGAAGGGCAUAUUGAAGAGCAGAGAAUUUCUGAGGCAUUAUCCUGCUGGAAAGAAGCUUUUUCUGCCGAGGGAUCAAAGAGUUGGAGGCCAAAGCCCGUAAAUGUGUCUGCCUUCCUUGAACUCUGUGAGCAAGAAGCCAAUUCGGUAAGCAAAGAGGUUUUCAUGGGACUUUUGAAGCAGUCAGGACAGCUUAAAAAUAAGUCAUAUGCAUCACUUAUAGGCUUAGCUGAUGAAGAUGAUGAUGAUCUAUCAUUAAAGAAAGAUAGAACUAACAUUACAAAGGACGAUGAUGAUGAGAAAGAAGCGGGUGAUGGGUCCGAAUUGCUUUUGAACGAAUUGCAGGGUACUACCCUGUGAGACUUCUUUCUUCAAUGUGUUGGAAGAUCUGCUCUAUGUUGUCCGCACAGGGAAAGAUUUUUAACUGAAAUGGGCUCCUACCUUUUUCGUGGUAUUGAUGAAGUACUAUGGUUGCAUUCUGUCUGUAGUAGCUGGGUGUAUGCAAGUUGACAAGUUGGAAGUGCCUUCGUAUCAGAGUGCGUUUAGACUACUCUGCAGAAGAAUAUCUUGGCAAUUGGUGUGACAAGAGAAAGCCCAUCUCCACUCAUCUUAUGCGUGAGAGGUAUGUGAAAUUCUUCAUGUAAUUUUUGAGCAGCUUAAAGGGCAAGAAGUUUUUGUUUGUGUAGCUAUGCACGAUGCUAACCUGACUAAAAGGAAGAAAAGACAAGUUAUGAGAUUCAUAUGUAUAAACUCCUAUAGUAUAUAGUUUUUCAGUUUCUGUUCAAAUUCGUAUAAAUUAUGGUUAUGUUGUUCUCUCAUUUACCCUAAA